AUGUCCGAUAAUGAAUUCCUAGACGAUGAUCAUCCUUUUCUAGGAGAUGGAGAUGCUGAUGCAAUAGAUGAGGCGUACAUGGUGUGGCUGAUGUGGAUGACAAAUGAGAAUGUUGGCCGUCGAUACCCUAUGCCCCAACACAAUAUUGGCCUUCGGGGGGAUCAAUAUAUCCAGGGGGUUUUGAAUGGGAACCCUCGGACUUGCAUUGAAAUGUUUCGCAUGGAAGUUACCGCAUUCGAGUAUAUAUGUCAAGUCUUGUGGGAAACAUUGAUAAUGGAGCCUACUGAGAGAACCGAGUUGGAGAAAUCAUUGGCCAUCUUCUGCCUUAUUGUUGGCCAUGGACAAGGUCAACGUGUCGUUGCGGACCGCUUUCAACAUUCAACUGAGACUAUUAACCGGCAUGUAAAGACAGUGACGCGAGCACUGCAUGAGUUAGGGAGGAGUGUGAUUAGGCCUACACACACAGUUGGGGUCCAUCCAUACAUUGCAUCCAAUCGGCAUAAUUAUUCAUGGUUUCAGAACUGUCUUGGGGCAAUGAACGAUACAAUGAUCUCAGUUGCUGCACCCGCUCGUCUAGGUAACGCAUAUAGAAAUCGACAUGGCCGGAUUGCACAAAAUGUCUUGUGUGUAUGUGACUUUGAUAUGAAGUUCACAUAUGUGUAUACUGGAUGGGAGGGAACAGCCCACGAUGCACGGAUUUUCAUGGAUGCGUUGAGUAGGCCUGAUAACCAAUUUACUUGGUCAGCACCAGGUUAUUAUUAUCUUGUCGAUGCGACUUUUCCUUGUAUUGAAAUGUUUAUGCCGCCUUAUCCAAGAGAAAGAUAUCACCAAUCAGAUAGUUAUAAUGAAGAUGGUUUUUGGGGAUAUAAAGAUUAUUUCAACUACCGACAUUCCUCGUUACGAAACGUUAUUGAACACACAUUCUCUUUGUUGAAAAGGAGGUUUCGAAUUUUGUAUGCCAUGCCUCCCUAUCGCCCUAAUAUGGCUACUGAAAUUGAAUCAGGGGAAACAUCUCAUGUGGUCGACAUGUCCAGUGAAUCGGCCCAAGCAAUGGGGACAAUGAGGGAUGCAAUUGCUUUACCGAUGUGGGCACAUAGAUUUGGCCAAUGA